UUGGUCAUCAAGAGAGAGCUUUCAUUGAAAUAAGUUUUUUUUUUUUUUAAUUUUUUUUGUUUUUUGUUGUAAAGAAUUGAAAUCAAAUUCUAUAAGAAAAGAAUCGUCGCCGGUGAAGAGAAAAAGAGAGCUCAAAGGAUGUAUUCGGCGCAAACGGAAGUUUCACAGGAGUUGGAGAGAUUCAAGGCUUACAAUAGCUGUAAGGAGCUUAAGGUUCUUCCCACCAAAGUCACCAGUCUUCCUCCAUUGUUCGAGAGUUCACCAAACGCAGCUCAGAAGUUGACUUUUGCAAGUAAGCUUCUAGCUAAGGUUGAAGCAGUAGCUGUUGAAGAAGAAGGAUCUCAGCAUCCUGAGGAGAAGAGUAAUGAAGCAUCUGUCAUGGUGACUGAGAAAACCCUCUCCCAAGAGAUAGCAAAAUACCUACGCUUGUACCACGACUUGAGAAGUCUCAGAUUCGAGCAAAUUGACAUGGACAUGGAGGAUCCUAAAGAAAAAGAGCAAGAGAAGAAGCACGUGGAAGAUGUGCAAAGCUCUGUGGUUAAAUCCGCAAUGGAGAUAAUGAAAGACGCUAAACAAGGAGAGCCACUUGAGGAACUCUUUGGUACGGUGAAGAAAGGGAUUAAAGAAGUCGAGCGACUUAUUUCUUGUCUCAAGGAUGAGAUGGAAACAAGUGCUUAGAAGAAGCUGGACCAAGAUGCAAAAUGCUAUGAUUUCAGCUUCUUAAUAUACUAAAUUAGUUUUUCUUUUUUUUUUUCCUCCUUCCAUUAGUGAUACUUAAAUAUGACUGUCUUAAUAACAAGCCAGAUAUAGAGAAGAAGAAGAGCAACAACAUAACUGAACAAGGAGGAAGAAGAAGACAUACAGUCUUGUGUUUUGCCCAAACCUGCAACUCUCGUUUACAUUGUUGUAGUAGCCGUUUGCGCCUUGUGGUCCCAAAACCUUAACUUACAUACCAAAACCUUAAUAAAAGAACCACUUUACUA